CACACGCGCACCAUCAGGCUUGGUCGGAAACAAAUAUGGAGACACCACCUGCAGAGGGGAUUCGGCUUCGGUAAUUGUCAGCAACCAGUCUGCAAGUUCGUGACUGCCUAGAGACUAGUGACUUGCGGCGCGUCGUUGCGCUACCGGACCAUGGGCGUCGCGGGCGCUGCGCGCGCGAACAAGUUCCCUCCCGGCGCUCCGUGCGCCAUUCCCUCGCAUCCUCGGCGCCUCAGACCAGCUCCUGCGUUUAUCGAUAGUAGGAGACUUUGGCGCAGAUCGCCCUGAGUUCGUUAUUGAGGUCGUGAUUUGGAUAAUACGCGCCUUGAAGCGGAGCAUACAGCAUCAUCGUUAGACAACGCCACGAGUCGAGUGCAAGACCACGUAAGACCGCAUACGACUGCAUAAGACCGCGUAGCACCACGUCCUUGCGCCCGACGAAUUCCCAAUCCUGGGCCAAGUAUCCCUGAGCUCGUUUGCGGCGGUUUGCCUCCCUCCGCCUCGCUCCUCGGCUACCAUCGAUUGCUUCUAAACCUCCGUUCCCAGUCGACGCAGAAAACGCCACGAGGCGUGUUCGCUUUCCACGGUUUUCGUUUAGCCUCGAAGGCCUCCCAUCUCCCCAUAGCUCAUCGAGUCGUCCGCCAAGUUACCUGGUUACCAGAUUGCGCCGCAAGCUUCUCUGAGAGCUCCCCUUCGCCAGCUCCGUCCUUCGUGGCCUCCCCUCGCUUCACGAUCUGCCCCCUCUUCACCCACCCUCACCCACCGUCACCCACCCUCACCCACCCUCACCCAACUCGCUGCAAGAUACUGCUGCGAGAUAUUCUCACCUGCCUCUGCUGCAAGAGACUACCGCUAGCUGCAUGUCUUCUCCGAGCUCGCACCUCCGCUGAGCCAAUCCAAUCCAACUAAAGACCUUUUCGCCCUCAGGUCGUCUGAAGAGCGAUGGCAGCGAGCAGCAGCGGCGUGGAUGCUCUCGAGCGGAACCUGGUCGACUGCCAGCAGAGGAGGCAGCAGGCAGAUGCUGCGCUUACUCAGCUGCUCGCACAAGCCCUGCAGCAGCUGUGCAGCCAGUCAGCCGAAGCCACGUCACUGCGGGGAAUGCUGGAUGCGAUGCGAGCAGUGAACGUGAAGCUGGCGGCACAGAUCAAGGGAUUUGAGAAGGCGGAAGCUAGAGUGAAGGAGCUUGAGGGCUACUGGCGGCGAGAGCGAGGGAGCAUGAGAUGCUGGUUGCGCUGCAAGCAGUGAAUGGGGAGCUGCUGGUGCGGGUCAAGGCGCUUGAGAAGGCGGAGGAGAGGCUGCAGGAAAACGCAAGGGAGGCGGGGGGUUUGAAGAGGAGGGUUAGGGAGUGUGAGAGUCUGCUGGGUGUGAGAACGAGGAGCCUAGAGGAACUAAGUGCCGAAGUGGAGAGAUUCGAGGAGGCUG